CACGAAACCUGCCUGAAACAUUAGAAUAUCGUGAUCCCCAACCUCUUCUCAAGGGUAGUGGUUCCUCUUGGGACUUUCAAGCCUCAGAAGCUUUGAAACAAAAACUUAAGAAUGCUAUUCGUGAUCAUUUCAAAUUUUGGAAGGCUGGACAACGUGAAAAAACAACAAUACCGCAAUACUUCAUUCUAGCAGGAGCUGGAGAAGGAAAAUCUCGCACUGCACAAGAAUUGCCGAAAUUGCUAAUUGAAUGUACAAAUGAUGAUGUUGACUUACAGAAUCGACUUAGGUCUGCUCUUGUAUUUAAUCUAUCACUUGAAAAUGGGACCAAACUGUUACGGGAGGUAGAAAACAAUAGCUCUCAUGCAAUUGGUAAUCGAAUGCUCUUUCAGUUGUUACAACAGCCUGGUGAAUCUUGGGAUGAUUAUAUGGAUCGAUAUAAUGUAAACCCAGCAGAUGUAUUACGUAGAGUUGCUAAACAUCAUAAUCAAGAAUUAAAUGAUCUGAAUGUGAUUGUUAUUUUGGAUGGUAUACAAGGAGCAAUGAAAAAACCUAUGGAUGGAACGGACAAAGGAUCCUUUUUUUACGAUUGUAUCUCUACACUUUGUAUGCUUUCACUUCUUGGCCCAUUUAUUAUUACCUGUUGUACGGCUACUAUUAGCAUACCCAUUCACAAUUUCCUUGCCAGUUCACAACAAUUGAGAGUUUUUCUCCCAUUGACAUCAUUACAACCUCCGAGAAUAAACAGAAACCCAGUCUUUGUCGAUAAUCCAGUCAUGAAGAUGCUCAUAAACGAUAUGGGUGGUCAUGGGCGUGCGUUGGAGGCUUUAGAAGAGUCUAUUAGUGGAAAAGAUUUGGACAAUAUUAAUUUUAUUGAUCUAAUAAAUGAUGUACGAUCAAAUCUCAAUGAUAAAUAUCAAGGAUGGUUAAGUAAAACCACUUAUUUGAAACCGGUCCUUCGCAUUAUUCUUUCACGUGCGCGAGUUGACAAAAAUCAAAAUAUUGCUACAUUUGAGGGGAAAGAAAUAACAGUAGAUGACGUAACACAAUUUGGUCUUGUUCGAUUUGAGAGUCGAAGAACGGAUGAAGUGGUUGGAUAUCUCACAUGUCCAUAUAUUUGGCUAUGGAUAAUGGCGCGUGCGUCACUAGAUGAUAAACUUUUACGGAACUGGGAUUUUAACUAUUACAAUGAAGUACGCAAUAAAGCAGGGGACCCAAGCAUACCACCCGGUUGCCAAUACUGGCAAAAUUUUGAGUACUUUGUUGCUCAAUUUCGCUCUCUAAAAUCGAAUAUCUAUGGUGAUAAUGAACAAGUUGAACUCGGAGUCAUUCAUAAUGGUGCCAAGCAUAAUUUUGGCGAUAGUUCCAUAUACAAUCGAAAACUUACAUUGGAACAAUCAGUUAAAAGGGUCAGCACCAAGUCUGGAGAUUAUAAGCAAGGUGCAAAAAUUUUGUGUCAGGAUGGAGAAGUUGACGUUACAGAAGCGAGACAUAUUAUAAUCAAUGCACCUAGUGCUGAAUCUGGAGAUAGCUUUUGUUCGAUAAAAAUGGUAGGGACUGAACUACUACAAACGGAGACACAUCAAUGCAAAUUGGUGAAACAAAUCAUUUCUCAGGAAAGAUUUAAAGAUGAGCAUGAAAAAGCAACGAGUCCAGGGGAUACUUUCAUUCUUUACACAUCAGCAUCCUCCAAAAAACUUGAACUUCAUCAGCCAAUGUCUGCAAUCGUUAGUAAAGACAACUGGGAAGAAUAUUUCGGAUCUUUUGCUGGGAGAUGCUAUAAUUAUGCUAUGGAACCACCAAAUCUUAAUGAAGCGACUUACACUCAGCUGACUGGAAUAAAUUUCAUUGCAGAAGCACGUGCUAGAAUUAUCAUGGAAGAACGAAACAAGCGCGAAUUUUCUG